AAUUUUGCAGCGGAAGCUGGAGAGAUAUAGAGCCCUUUGACCCAAGGUCAAAAAUGCAGGCUGUUCAUUCAGAGAAGAAGAGAGCUUCUCUCGAGAGGGAGAGAGAGGUAAAGGUUGCUGCUCUUCUACGUAGUCUUCGGGAAGAAGAAGAGAUGGUGGCGGAAGGAGAUGGCCGUGGUUGAGAUUUUCAAGCUUAAUAACCCGCAAGUGAACAAAGCCACCACUGAAGCUGCGAUUUUUCUCUUUAUGCUCUGCUUCCGCUUUUCAUCCAACUUUCCUCCCUCCUAACGCUAGGGUUCUUUAUUUCGGUUUUUCCUUCCCUUUUUUUUUGAGCUCGCUCGUUUUUUUCUUUCUUCUUUCUCAUUGCUUUACAAAGUGAGGAAAGGAAGAUAAAAAGGAGGUAAAAGGGAAGUAAGCAGAAACAAAGGGCGAAACAGGGUUAGAAAUCUCUCCUUUAUCAUCUCUUCCUCCUCCACUUCGCCGGAGGCUACGCUAUGGACGCUUAUGAAGCGACUAGGAUCGUCUUCUCGCGAAUUCAAAGCCUCGAUCCUGAGAACGCGGCCAAGAUCAUGGGCCUACUCCUCAUUCAAGAUCACGGCGAGCAAGAUAUGAUACGCCUUGCAUUUGGCUCUGAAACUUUGCUUCAUUCCGUAGUUUUCAAAGUUCGCAAAGACCUCGGACUCCUUCCUUCUUCCUCCCCUGCCACACCUUCUGGCGGCGGCGGCGCAGCCGGCGUUUUUUCCCGUCAAAACUCUGCUCGUUUCCUCCCUGUGUCUCCACCGGAGGAGCUCAUCGAUGAGCUGCAGUUGCAAGACCAGCUUUCCUUUCUCGGUGAAGGGGGUAACGCACAGAUGAGAGCGAAGAGUGGUGAGGUUUUCUACCCUGACAUCCCGGGAGAUUGCCGUAGCCCUGGCGCCAGUGGGGAAGGUUUGCUGCAUUCAAAUUCAAUAGGAUGGGGAUUAAACGGUACGAGCCAUCGCCGGAGCUGCGGUUCCAUUGGUGACUUUAGUCCGGGCUCUGACCUUUCUGGCGGAUUUGGGUGGAGACCCUGCCUUUAUUUCGCAAGAGGCUUUUGCAAGAACGGGAACGCAUGCCGUUUUCUUCAUGACGACGCUGCCGUCGAGCAAGAGUUGCUUCUGAGGUCCAAGAGCUCGAAGCUCAUGGCUUCUGCUGCCCCGUUCCCUUACUCUCCGACAGCAAGUUUUCCUGCUUCCCCAUCUUCGGCUUCUACUAAAUAUGCCAACUUUCUUUUCCAGCAUCAGAAUGAUGGACAAAGAGCAGCGCCAGCGGCCCUGAUGCUUACCGGUGGUGAUGAGGUACAUAAGUUUAUGGGGCGGUCAAGACCCGACUUCGCCGGAAUAUCGAAUCCGGGGUCGAGACAGAUCUAUCUUACUUUCCCAGCGGACAGCACUUUCCGAGAAGAGGAUGUUUCGAACUACUUUAGCAUGUAUGGGCCAGUGCAGGAUGUGAGGAUUCCAUAUCAGCAGAAGAGAAUGUUUGGAUUCGUUACCUUUGUCCACCCAGAGACUGUGAAGCUGAUUCUAGCUAAAGGCAACCCCCAUUUCGUCUGCGACGCCCGAGUUCUCGUCAAGCCUUACAAAGAGAAGGGCAAAGUUCCCGACAAGAAGCAGCAGCAAGCAGAUCGAUUGGAUUUCUCCAGUUUUUGGACUUCAACCGGCCUUGAUUCCCCAUUAGACAUUGGGGGAAGAAUGUUCUACAACAUUGGCAAUGGUAGUGUUGCAGCGCAGGAUGCUUCGUUGCUGAGACGACGGCUAGAGGAGCAGCAGCAGGCUGAGCUCUUGCAGCAAGCGAUCGAGCUCCAAGGCAGACGGUUUCAGCUGCUGGACUUGAAGACUCGUAGCUUCUCCACUGCAGUUUCUGCUACUACGGCCAAUGCACCGAUUGCUUCGAGCACUGCCGCUUUAGCAGAGAUGGCUUCUUCUUGCAAUGGAAUUAGCAGCCCAGUUGUAUCUCCAGAUGAUGGCAGGAGCAGCAGCACUGGAUGUAGCUCAGAGAUGCAGCAGCAGCGGCAGCAGCCAGUUAAUAAUAAUGUUGGUAAUAAAGUUGAAUCUGCAGAAGAGCCAAGCCCGAAAGAUAAUAUGGAUUUCCCAGUUUGCAAAGACCACAACUUGCCUGAUAGUCCCUUCGCCUCGCCUACCAAGGCCUCAUCUUUCUCCACAGAUCUCUCUUUUUCUGCAACAUCGGGCGGCGGAGGAAGCAACCAUCUUAUCGGAACAUCGCUCCUGCCGCCGUCCUCUCCCCUCAGCUCCUGCUUCUUUCAAAUGCCAGCCAGAUUCUCUUCCGGUCAUGGAGCUGUUGGAAUGUGAAGGAAAUGGAAAACUAUAACGCCCGAAGGAAGAAAAGCGAAGUAAAUGAUCUGAAUUGAAACGUAGGAUGAAAAAGACAGUAUGACAUCUCUUAUUAUUUAUUAGCUUUCUGUAACUUUUUUUAUUAUUAUUAUUUUUAACGUAAGAAAGAAGAAAGGAGGGUGAAAUAUUAGUGUGACUAUUACUGUUAUUUUAUCAACCAAGCUACUACUACCUGCUACAAUAUACGACAAGAUAGCUGCAUAGGGAGUACAGACAUGAGAAGACAGCAACUUCAGAGGACCCAUAACAUCACAGUCGUCCAUCUUAUCAAGAACUCAUCACUCACCGUUGUUUUCCAUCCUCUUACACGGCAUCUUUGUACCAUUUGUUUCAAUGUAUUCUAUUCUACUCAAAGAUGUGAAACAAAAAGGAAAAUGAUAACAACAAAUAAUUGCAGAGCUGUGUUUCUUC